AUGGCAACUAAACGCUCAACGAAACCUAUUUCUCCUGUUGUUUUGUCAAACGGCAAGAUUGGUACUCUUCCACCAAGGAAGAGAGCCAGAACAAAAGAGGAGAAGGAGCAAAGGAGGAUUGAGAGGGUUCUUCGUAAUAGGAGGGCAGCUCAUGCCUCGAGAGAAAAGAAAAGACGUCAUGUUGAGCAACUAGAAAAAUAUGCGAAGCAGCUUGAAACUUGUUUAGCGGCAUUUUCAAAGGCUAAUUCGCAGCUGCUUGAGUCUCAGAGACAACUUGUUUCUAAGCUCCAGCAGGCUAACAUAGAUUAUUCUGAUGUGAGUCUAGGUGUCAGAUCUGUUAAACUUGUGAAGAGACCGGAAAAUCUGGAUCUGGAUUCAAGUUCGAAGCCUUUAAAGAGAAAGAAAUCGAAAUCUGAUAUUUCUACUCCUAAAGAGGAGUUGAAGACACAUUCGGAAGCUCAGAGUGAAGAACCGGAGAGCUCUCCGGACUCUUUGUCACCUUUGCAAGAUGCAAGUCCCAGUGGCUCGCGUCUAGUUCAGGAAAUCCCUUCUCCAGAUUUUGAAGAGGGUGACUUGAUGAUAACAAAGGGUAGCAAAGAUAAGAGUCAGCAGGCAUUGAAGGAGCUAGAGCUCGAACAGGGAAUAUUGUCACCACCACCUUCUACUUCCCCAUCGAAGUUUAAGCUUAAUGAUGACAAUAUUAUGAAACGCGAGUUUUCAAACUUGUUUGAUGACGAUGUUCCAAUGCUUAAUGAUGAAGAUUACAUAAACAACGUGUUUGGCGGCGAGAGUAUGGUCGCCAACCCAGAGGAUAGAGAUCUUGCUGGUGACAAAUUGCCAGUGGAUAUCGUUGAUCAGAACGAGGGAGUGGUUCCUACAAGUGAUAUGGAUUACCUCGACUGCCUUAAUGAAGUGCAUCAUUCAGCAGUAUUGAUGUUACUCACGGUGAAACGUUUACUAUUUUAA